AUGGACUUAUCAGAGGCAGUGAUUGUGAAAUCCACCAAACUCAAAUCAGCCGUGUGGAAUGAUUUCGACAAGGUGAGGAAAGGAGACACACACGUGGCGAUCUGCAGACACUGUGAAAAACGUCUCAGCGGUUCUAGCGCGAGCGGGACUUCUCAUCUAAGGAACCAUCUGAUCAGAUGCAAGAGGAGAGCUAACAGCAACGGUGUUGGUGUUACUGCUGCUCAGAAGAGAGUAGUAGAAACAACAACGACACUCGAGCUAGCGAUUGUGACAAAACAUGAACAGAGUAAUAAUAAUAAUAAUAAUGCAUCUGUGGUUAACUCCGGUUUAGAUCAGAGGAGGAGCCGGUUCGAUCUAGCACAGAUGAUAAUCUUACAUGGCUAUCCGUUAACCAUGGUUGAAGACGUUGGGUUCAGAGUGUUCCUUAGAAACUUACAGCCUCUCUUUGACCCCGUUGUGUUCGAGAGAGUUGAGUCUGAUUGUAUGGAGAUAUACGCCAAGGAGAAGCAUAAGAUCUUCGAGGACUUGGAUAAGUUGCCUGGAAAGAUCAGUAUCAGCGUCGACGUGUGGAGGAACGGUGAUGAUUCUGAUGAGUUCUUGUGUUUGGCUGCUCAUUAUAUCGAUGAAACAUGGGAGCUGAGGAAGAGAGUUCUUAACUUCUUCGUAGUUGAUCCGUCAUCUCGUAGCGAUGAUGUGAUGCUUGCUGAGGUUGUGAUAACGUGCUUGAUGGAAUGGGAUAUUGACAGGAAGCUCUUCUCUAUGGCGUCGAAUCGGACUCCUCCCUUUGGUGAAAACGUGGCUAGCAAGAUCAGAGACAGGUUGGCACAGAACAAGUUUCUUUACUGUAACGGCCAGUUGUUUGAUGUGAGCUGUGGAGUUUAUGUUAUUAACCAGAUGGCUCAAGAGUCUCUCUAA